AUAAAAAAACAGUAUAUGUAUUUGGUAAUUAACUACUUUGAUUUUUAUCAGCAGAUAAAUAAUAAACCAAUUACCAGACUACGAAGUGGACGCCGACAGCCGACAGCCGACAGCCGACAGCAGACCGACGCCUCAGUGAACGGCACCGCCUACGCCCCUAUGAAGGAGGGUGGCGCCGUCGCCGGACGGGAGGAUGUGGAGAAAGAUGAGGAGAAAGAGGAGGAGGAGGAGGAGGAGGGAGAGGAAGAGGGAGAGGGAGAAUUAGUUGGAGAAGGAGGUGAAGCUCCCAAACUGGAGGACGGCUUCUACGAGAUCGAAGACAUCAGGAAGAAACGAGUUCGAAAGGGUCAAAUCCAAUACCUCAUCAAGUGGCGAGGAUGGCCGGAGACGGCCAACACCUGGGAGCCCUUAGAGAACAUCCAGACCUGUGCCGAUAUCAUCGAAGUUUUCGAAGAAAGAUCGAGGUCGCCUCGAUCACGAAAGCGCAAGCGGAGACAUGGAGGACCGUAUGGUAUCGCUGCCCAGAAGAAGCGCUGCGUCCAAAAUGAGGAAUUAAAAACGAUUCUUACAUCUCUCAAUCAGAUAGAUUCCAUUUGCAAUUCAGUGGUAGGUGCUGAUGCCGCUAAAAACAACCAACAAGUUGAGAGGGCAGAAGUAGUGGAGAAGGAAAUUGGAGAGUCAAAGAACAAGAGCAGAGAUGAGGAGAUCGAGGUGACUUUAUCUCGAGUGGAGAAUGGACAGAGCCUAGAGGCUCUUAAUUCAACAGAGCAGAUUGGAACAAAUGGACACGCUUCUUUGAGCCCUCCUUGUGGUCGGGAGGAGGAUGGUUCAUUGGAUGGGUUCUCGAAGGUGGAAUGCACCCAGGCACUACAGGCCAAUAUACCUACUGGUGCAAAGAGGAGGAAAUCUGGGUGCGUGAGAAGGUUCACACAGGGUUCUGUAACAGGUCAACAGGAUGAGCAGCAGACAGUAACUGCAAGAAAGGAAACUGGACCUUGUGGCAAAGGGGAAAAGUUUGAGAAUGCACAUGUUUCUGAAUUUGAUGACAAAAAUAAGUUGGAUGAUGCUGGAAAGUCACCUCCAAUCACCAAGCUUUUAAAGCCAGUUCGUUUCUAUGCUUCUGUAGUAAACAAUGUGCAACAAGUAUCCAUAACUUUCAAGGCUCUUAGGUCAACUUUGGUCUGACGAGAGUCAAUUGAGCUCAAUUUUGAACUGAAAGGAAACUGUAAAGCACUUUGGACAAGGAGGAAGAACUUUAUUAAAACUGGCUACAAUGCAGAUCAGGUAGGAAGAAGGCCUCUUUUGGACUGAAGAAUAAGUGAACAAGCUGAAGUGGAGUUAUGGGGUAGAGCUAGAUGUGGACCAUGGUGGAGAUGGGUGACAAAUUUGUCGCUUAGGAACUGCACAGAACCUCUCGUGUCACUGUAGUCAUUUUAGCAGGUUGUCAGAAGUCCUCUCCUCAUCCAUGUAUUUGUUGCCCUUUUAAACCCCAAAGUGAGAUUCAGCUCAUUGGUAUUGCUACUCGUAGCUAGGACUUGGAUAUUCAACCAUGCACAGAGUUUCCAACAUCACAGUGAAAUUAAGGACCAACUGGUUUUCUGUAUAGAGGAAUUGAGGACCAGCUGAUUUUCUGUAUAGAGGAUAAAUUUGUAUGAUGCAACCAUGUAGACAACAGUUGUGUGAUAG